AUGCUAGCAUGCGGGAUCCUGCCCAUGGCCUUUGUGGCAUCCUGCGUGCUGUUCUUCUACCUCGCCUCGUCGGCCAUCACGCUGUACAACAAGUACCUGCUGUCGUAUGCUGGCGUGCCCUUCCCGCUCACUAUGCUCCUCUUCCAUCAGGCGGGGGUGUAUGGCUUUGCAAGGGCCUUCUCCACUAUUACCAAGAGAGAAUGGCCUCAGUUCUCAUCGUACUCUGUGUAUGCCAAGCAAGUGCUUCCGGUAGGCUUGGCCAUGUCCAUCGAUCUUGGCGCCACCAAUGCCGCCUACCUCUUUGUCACCGUCUCCUUUGGCCAGCUGGUCAAGACUCAGGUCGCCGCAUGGAUCGUUGGCCUCUCCUUUGCUUUGGGUCUCGUCAAGCCGUCGUUUCUGGUGGCGGCAUCGUGUGCGCUGGUUGUGUGUGGCAUCGCUGUCUCGGCCUGGGCUGAUACCACCUUUUCGUUUCUUGGCUUUGUCCUCCUCUGCGUCGCCUCGCUCGCCGCCGCCAUCAAGCUGCUCCUCUUCCAGGUCCUCUACCAAAAGACUCUCAAGGACGCGCAUCCUGUCCAGCUGAUGGGCGUCAUUGCGCCGUCGGUCUUUGUCUUUCUCUUUGUUCCGGCCAUGGCAAUGGAGCUGCCCACCAUUCUCGCGCUCUCGCUGGAGAGUCUGGCCACAGCACUCGCCCUCGUCUCGCUCGGCGUCUGCUUUGCCUUUAUGCUCAUUCUCUCCGAGAUUCUGCUGAUCGGCAAGACGAACGCCAUCACAGCGCAGAUUGCGGGCUCGUUCAAGAUUGUAGUGGUGACUGCGGCGGCGGUGGUCAUCUUCCGCGACCCGCUCAACGCGCGGGUGGCGGUCGGCAUGACCAUCGCCUUUCUCGGCGCGCUCCUCUACUCGUACACCCGCAUCCGCGACAAGCAGCGUGCCGAGGCUGCGCGCGUAGCCGCCUCGGGCUACGCACAGCUCGACGGGUCCGAUCCGCUGCUGGACGGCCCGCUCGGCGCGCCGCUCCCGGUCGCUGCUGGUUCCGGCGCCAGCAGCGGCUCGGACGAUUUUCUUGUCGACGUCGAGCUCGACAUCCUCGGCGCCCGCUCCGACCCAGACGCCGAUGCCCAGGCAAUGCUCCUCGCGCCUGCGCCGCCACCGCGCCUUACCUCGGCCGCCACGCCACCGCCCAUCGAUGGUUCGUCGUCGUCCGAGGUCUCCAUCUCGUUGUGA